UGGACUUUUUGACGGCAACCAUUUCACCACCAAAAGAUACUGCCACGACACUCCUUUAUUUCUACUUCUCGGUCUCAAUCUUCAUCUCUGCUCAACAAAGACUACGCUCGCUCGCUUUGCGCAUCUUUGACAAUGUUGGACAAAAUCGUCGGUCUCGCCAUGCUCGUGGCCGCUUCCGUCGUCUUCACCUACUACACCAUCUGGACUCUUCUCAUGCCCUUUGUCGACGACGAUCACCCUCUCCAGAACUUCUUCCCCCCUCGCGUUUGGGCCAUUCGCAUCCCCGUUAUUAUCAUCCUCCUCGGUUCCGCUGUUGUUGGCUCAUUCCUCGGCAUGGUUAUGAUUCGGAGCAACCAGAAGAAGGCUGCAAAGGCCAAGGCUGCCGCUAAGAAGGCCAACUAGGAAGGCCAACUAGACGACGACAUGUCGAUUAUAUACUUGUAAUCAUUCAGUGUCUUUUAAUGGCGUUGUUUCGCCCAAGACCUAAUCACACUAUGGGACUUUGGAGUCUCAGGCCAAUGUCUUAAUGCAGAAGAGAUGAACACUACAGGAAAUGGGUAUCUAAUCUUUUUCUAUUUAUAAU